AUGUCUAGCCCUGCAGUACAAGUCGUUUGUGCCUGGCCAAUUUCAUCCAACUAUGGCGCAGGAUCGCGUAUUUUGUACUAUGUCCUGGUCGCGGCAUGUGUAACUUUUCGCAAAGCCGAAUGGCUGCGAAAUACGUGCCUUGCUGCCGUCUUGAUUCUGCCGGCCAUUUCUGCUCUCCAAGCCCUCGUGCUCGCUUCGGCGCAUACGAAUGGCGGCGUUGAUAUGGAUAUAUAUGGAGCUUUCCAGUUCUGCGCGAUCGGAAUUCUGGCAGCGCCUCUGACUGUGAGGCUGUCGCGAACCUACUUCCAGUCUCCAGGACGCAACAUCAUAUUUCUCUGGACGAUACUGAUCUUGAUGGGAUUGUUGGCCCUCUGCGUGGAAUUCUACCGGGUCACCUCAACGGCCUGCAGCAGCGAUGAUGAUGGAAACCCUUUUUACGGCACCGCCAACUUCCCAUACGAACAUGCUAGAUGUAACUUGACUUGCUCCGAAAGCGAGGGUCCGAUAUCUCCAAUGCGAGGAGGAUCCGCUGCCGACGUCUAUGUUAUUCCUGUGCCGCGUAUCUUGUCCUUCAACGCCGCCAUGCUACUUUCUGCUGGAUUCUGCAUCCCCGCGAUAUUAUCUCUAAUAUUUACCUGGGAUAAGAUUUUGGAGAUCAACUGGAAGAGGCGACGGCCUGUUGAGCCUCUCAACGCUAGGAUUGAGGGUGCGAAUAUGACUGUUGGAGAGCUCAAAGGCAUCAACAACGUCGUGAGGAAGUUCUUGGGCGUCAUCGAAAUCCCGUUGUUUGGCGGGGUGAUUCUCACGAUUAUCGGGGUUGGCGAAGCGAACUUCUUCAGCCCACAAGUACGAUUUAUGACUGAGCCCAUGGCUUCGAUUGGACAAUGGUCACCAAUAGCUGGAACAAUCAUGGCUGCCCUUGGUUCUCUCUAUAUUCUGUGGUCAACCAGCGGCGACGACGACCCGAAAGGGAAGCCCACGAACCAAUUCGAGAACUCUGAUUCAUCACGUAUCAGUCGCAGUAGUGAGCGACAACCUUCUCAACGGUAUCCUUCGCCCGUGUAUCUUGGCCCUGAUAGAGAGACGGGGGAUGGUCUGGGUAUACGAUCAGAAUCGCCCAACGUUAUCGAAUUGACCCCGACCAUCACGUAUCCUGAUUCUGAACGUAAUACGGGUUCUGCCUCUCAGGCUAUUCAGCAAGAUACUCACCAACUGGAUCAGCCAACAGCUGGCAGAAACCGGAUACGAAGUUGGUUGACAUCAGCCGGGAAUUACCUCGGGGAUGCAGCACAUGAAAGACUUGAUCCAGACCAUGAAAGAGUUGAUGAGGAGACUCAGAGGUUUCCAGAGGUUCCUGGCGAGAUCCUGCGAAACCCCGAUCUGGAACGCAUCAGUCGAACAUACAGUCAGCUUCGCGAAGAAAGGGCAAACAGCGUAUACGCGGCAAGCAUCAUGUCUUCACCAGCGCUUGAAGGUAGUGCAUCUCCAGUACCUACGUCUCCGCCACCACACCAAGAACCUCCGCGUCCUGAUACUAGUCCAUCUCGUCAGCCGAAAAGGCGAGACACACUAGAAGUACCAAAGGGAGGGCAUUGA